GCCCUAUAAACCCCAUCAACAACAACACACUGUUAAUAUUGUAGUGCUCUGUGAACACAGGGUUUAGCUCUCGUUUUUUUCUUUAAAUAUGCAGAUUGUCCUUCUUUGUAUCUAAAACGCACUAUAAAGAUUUCCCCAUAAUGUGUUACAAGGAGUAUAGAGUACAGAAUGCUCCAGCUGCUGCAUACUACAUCCCAAAUUUCAUCACACAAAAUGAGGAGGAAUAUCUUAUGCAGCAAAUUUAUGCAGCUCCCAAGCCCAAAUGGAAGGAACUUGCACACCGACGGCUGCAGAACUGGGGAGGACUGCCUCACCCUAAAGGAAUGGUUGAAGAGCCUAUUCCAUCUUGGUUACAGGAGCAGAUGGACAAGAUAACUACACUAAGAGCCUUUGAAGACAAGAUACCAAACCAUGUACUUGUGAAUGAGUACCUCCCUGGCCAGGGUAUAAUGCCCCAUGUAGAUGGUCCCAUGUUCUACCCAACCAUCACUACCAUUAAUAUUGGUAGUCACUCAGUGCUGGAGUUUUACACACCUCUGCAGUUACAUGAAGAAAUGGAGCAGUCGCGAAGCCUUUCCAUGCGAAACAUCGGCUCUCUCCUUCUGGAGCCUAGAAGUCUCCUCAUUCUUAAGGAAGAUAUGUACACUUCCUAUUUGCAUGGCAUUAGUCAGGUCACACAAGAUACUGUGACCCAAGAUAUGUUUAAUUUUGAACAGUGUACUCCUAUGCUUGGGGAUGUUCUAACCAGGGGAAAAAGAAUUUCCCUAACCAUUAGACAUGUUCCAAAAGUGCUCAAAGCAAAGUUAGUGUUUGGAAGAGCAAGAUGAUAAAUUGAGUGACAUGAUGUAAUUCUCCAGUGUUUAAAAAUUACAAAUAUGCUGUGUUAAAAUAAAUAUAUUUUACCCAGAA